AUGGCCUCUUCUACAGAAAAAGCACACGAAACCUUGUCUUCAAUCCCCACUGGGUUAUGCGAAUGGCCUGAAGUGGUCGUACGCGAUUCCAUCGUUUCCCCCGAGUUAGGCACGCAGGCCAAUCCUAUCGUCAUCGGCGAUGAUCUUGCUCCAUUGGGCUCGGCUUCCAAUCCCAUCGUGAUCUAUGUUGGCGAGUGUUCGUGCCGUAAUGGGACAGACCAGGUUGGUUUUGAUGCCGACACUGAGAUCAUGACUACACUGGAAUGCUGGGAGACGUUGAUUGACGGAGACUUCACCGUCCCUGCAGACGAAGGUGAAGCUGUUGUCCAUCCGCCAAUCAGAUCGCUAGUCCGUGAGGACCCAGAAGACCUUCAAUCAUCUGAGCAAUCAUCCCCGGACUUUUCUCUCUUGGAUGACAAAGCACUGAAAGCGACCGAGAGUUCGUUCUACCGGCUGCAGAAUUGUUCUGGUCUUGAGGCUCCAAGCAGCGGGAACACCCGAAAUGGCCAUAAGGUGCGCCUGGCGGAUGACUAUUUGUCGAUGUUAUACCAACGAUUUCUAGAAAGCGAACCAAGCAUGGAGAAAGGAAAGGUUUUCAAGGCCAAGGAAGCUCGCAGUACGCCCGAAAUCUCUUCGAUGACCCGCGACGCCGUUCCACAAGAAACAACAGACCAAACCGAUACUUCCCUUGGAAAGGACGUGUCAUGUGACUCCUGUAAUGUGCGAUCAACGAAACGCAGAUUAUCGCACGGCGGACGAGUCUCUUCUGAGCUCAGACGAUCAGCGCGAUUGACCAAAAGAGCUAGAACUUGA